AUGCCGCAUUCGGUUUCACCUGAAAUGAACCCGCCGACCGUCGUCGCAAAUGGCGACGCCCCGCCACCAUCGCAAGCCGAUGUGUCGGCUUUCAUGGAGGCUAUCUUCAACGCAAAGACCUCCAACGCCUCGGUCGAUGCCGCCUACGGUCUCUGCGAACUCCUUCUGAACUCGCCCAGCGUCGGGUGCCGCGGUUUGGAAUCUUACGGCAUCCUCGCCGAGAUCAAGAAGGCUGCGUCUGACAAGAAGUCCGGUCUCCGGAGAGAGAGCGCGCAGAACCUUCUUGGUGCACUCCUCGAGCGCUUCCCCCCACGACAGCCCGUUUCCGAAGUCAUCUUCCUCGUCAAGGAUGGCGGCGUCAUCGCUUGCGCCCUCGACGCCCUUGCCGACAAGGGCUCCGUUGUCCGCGACGCAGCACAGUACGGCAUCGAUGCCCUCUUCAACCACCUGAGCCCCGAGGCUCUCGUCGUCGGCCUCCUCCCUGCCCUCCAAAGAUACCUGUCCAAGACAACUGGCAAGUGGCAAGGCACUGUCGGCGCUUUAAAACUCAUGCAGAAGAUGGCCGACAAGGCUAAGCUCGAGUUCGGUGGCACAAAGGAGGAAGCCCACGAAAAGGACGUUUUGCGCGAAAUAAUGGGUGCCAAGCUGGCCGGCCUGAUCCCACUCGUCGAGAAUGGCAUGCACGACUUGAAGCCCGAGGUCGAGAAGCAAGCAGUCAAGACAAUGGACUCGCUCACCGCCCUCCUGCAAAACGACGACGUGGCCCCCAAGUUGCCUCUGUUGCUCGAGGCUAUGCGCAAGCCUUCUCCGGACGCAGUAUACAAGGCCAUCCAUGCUCUUUCGCAGACAACUUUCGUUGCGAUUGUCACAUCCCCAGUUCUCGCCCUCCUGACGCCCUUCCUCGAGCGGUCUCUCCACAACCCGUCCACACCCCAAGAAACCCUGCGAAGGACGGUCGUCAUCACCGAAAACCUCACCAAGCUAGUGCACGACCCGAUCGAGGCACGUACCUUCUUGCCAAAGCUGAAGCCCGGUGUCAAGGGCGUCUUCGACCGUGCAUCCCUUCCCGAGGUCCGUGAGCUCGCCCAGAGAGCGUUGGAUGUCAUGGACAAGGCUAUGGCCACCGACAAGGAUGUGGUUGAGCGCAUCAACGCCGACGAUGUUGCCAAGAUUGUUGAUGCCGAGAUCAAGAACAACGGCGGCGUCACCGGCGACGUGGAGCUGUUCAAGGUCGCAAAGCCGUACGUCUGUGAACUCAUCGCCGAAGACGUCAACCACCGCUACGUCAGCCGCAUCGCCGGAAAGCUUGCGCCCUAUCUCCAGGGUUUCGUGAAGGGCUCUGAUGCCCACCAGGCUGUCGCGGACGCUGUGCAAAAGUACUACGUUGACGAGGAUCAUCGCAAGUUCGGCGAGCCUGAGAAGGAGGAUGACGGAGAGGUCGAGAUUGUUAACGCCGAUUUCUCCCUGGCCUACGGCGGUAUGCUCCUGCUCUCGCACACUAACUUGCGCCUGUUGAAGGGUCAUCGCUACGGACUGUGCGGUCGCAAUGGUGCCGGAAAGUCGACCUUGAUGAAGGCUAUUGCUGGCGGCAAGCUGGAAGGGUUUCCCCCUCAGGAUGUCCUCCGAACCUGCUAUGUCGAACACAACCAGGGCGAGGAUGCCGAUCUCAGCAUCCUCGACUUUGUUGCCAAGGACCCUGAGAUUACAAAGCUCGGCACAGGCAUUGAACGUAUUUCGGAAGUGCUCGCAGAGUUCGGUUUCACCUCUGGCCCCGAUGGCCGACAAGCUCAAAGGGUCGGCUCCCUGUCGGGAGGUUGGAAGAUGAAGCUCGCACUGGCCAGGGCCAUGCUGCAGAAGGCCGACGUCCUGCUGCUGGACGAACCUACCAACCACUUGGAUGUCGAGAACAUUGCAUGGUUGGAAGAGUACCUCAAAUCGCACACAGAGAUUACUAGUCUGAUUGUCUCUCACGACUCCGGCUUCCUGGAUAACGUCACAACGGACAUCUACCACUACGAACCGGGCAAGAAGCUUGGUCACUUCAAGGGUAACCUCAACGCUUUUGUCAAGGUUCGCCCCGAAGCGAAGAGCUACUACACCCUGUCCGCCAGCCUGGUACAAUUCAGAUUCCCGCCACCUGGUAUCUUAUCUGGCAUCAAGUCACAGACCCGUGCCAUCGUUCGUAUGACGAAUGUCAGCUACCAGUAUCCCAAGGCUCCAAAGCCAUCCUUGGCCGACGUUACCUGCCAGCUUUCUUUGUCGUCUCGCAUUGCUGUCAUCGGGCCCAACGGUGCUGGAAAGUCGACACUUAUUAAGCUGUUGACAGGCGAAGUCAUCCCAACAGCUGGAAAGGUGGAGAAGCACCCAAAUCUGCGUAUCGGUUACAUCAAACAACACGCUCUUGAGCACGUGGAGAUGCAUCUUGAGAAGACGCCCAACCAGUAUCUCCAGUGGCGUUACCAAAACGGCGAUGACCGAGAGGUUCACUUCAAGGAGACAAGAGCUCUGUCUGACGCAGACCGUGCUCAAAUGGAGAAGCCAAUCGACAUGGGAGAUGGAAAGGGUCUCCGACAGAUCGAGACCCUCGUUGGUCGACAGAAGUACAAGAAGUCCUUCCAAUACGAGAUUCAAUGGAAGGGAUGGUUGCCCAAGCAUAACUCCCAAAUCAGCCGCGAGACCCUCAUUGAGCUCGGUUUCGACAAGUUGGUGCAGGAGUUUGAUGAUCACGAGGCCUCACGGGAGGGUCUCGGUUACCGUGUCCUUGAGCCCAAGGUCAUCUCUCAGCACUUUGAGGAUCUUGGACUUGACCCGGAGAUUGCCAACCACAAUGAGAUUGGAUCGCUGUCCGGCGGUCAAAAGGUCAAGGUUGUCAUCGCUGGCGCCAUGUGGAACAACCCUCACUUGCUGGUGUUGGAUGAGCCGACCAACUUCUUGGACCGUGACUCGCUAGGUGGCCUGGCUGUUGCUAUUCGCGACUUCAAGGGCGGUGUGGUGAUGAUCAGUCACAACGAGGAGUUUGUAGCAACGCAAUCUCCCUGGAUCGCUUUGAAGACUCUCGCCCUGGCUCUACCGCCCCGUCGUCUGGUGUCAGCACUCCCGUCAACGGAGCGAGCACGGCGGUCAGCAGCCAUGAACAGCGCUGUCAACAGCGGAGUGGAGGACAACAUCGACACGCCGCUCAACUUCAAGGCCAAGAAGAAGAGGAAGAUGACCAAGAAGGACCUGAAGGAGCAGCAGGCCAGGCGUCGGUUGAGGCACAUCGAAUGGCUGAACAGCCCCAAGGGCACACCGCACCCUCCUGACACGGACGACGAGGACGCGUAA